CGAGUACAUGUCCCAGUCAUUUCCAUAAUUCAUCAUAAAUUGUGCAAGGGUGCUAUAGACGCACAAACGACCGCGAGCCACAAAUCAAGCACACAUAUCAAAAAACAAAUGAGCUCUUAUUUUGUAAACUCAUUUUGCGGUCGCUAUCCAAAUGGCCCGGACUACCAGUUGCAUAAUUAUGGAGAUCAUAGUUCCGUGAGCGAACAAUUCAGGGACUCGGCGAGCAUGCACUCCGGCAGGUACGGCUACGGCUACAAUGGCAUGGAUCUCAGCGUCGGCCGUUCGGGUUCCGGCCACUUUGGCUCCGGCGAGCGCGCCCGCAGCUACGCGGCUGGGGCCAGUGCGGCGCCCGCCGAGCCCAGGUACAGCCAGCCGGCCACGUCCACGCACUCGCCACCGCCCGACCCGCUGCCCUGCUCAGCGGUGGCCCCCUCGCCCGGCAGCGACAGCCACCACGGCGGGAAAAACUCCCUGGGCAACUCCAGCGGCGCCUCGGCCAACGCCGGCAGCACCCACAUCAGCAGCAGAGAGGGGGUUGGCACGGCGUCCGCAGCCGAGGAGGACGCCCCUGCCAGCAGCGAGCAGGCGGGCGCCCAGAGCGAGCCGAGCCCGGCGCCGCCCGCUCAGCCCCAGAUCUACCCCUGGAUGCGCAAGCUGCACAUUAGUCACGACAACAUAGGUGGCCCAGAAGGCAAAAGGGCCCGGACGGCCUACACUCGCUACCAGACCCUGGAGCUGGAGAAAGAAUUCCACUUCAACCGCUACCUGACCCGCCGAAGAAGGAUUGAAAUAGCUCAUGCCCUUUGCCUCUCCGAGAGACAAAUUAAAAUCUGGUUCCAAAACAGGAGGAUGAAGUGGAAAAAAGAUAAUAAGCUGAAAAGCAUGAGUAUGGCCGCGGCAGGGGGGGCUUUCCGCCCCUGAGCAUCUGAGCAGCCAAAGUACUGAGCAGUAGUAGCCGGGCAGCUCUCUGUAGUGUCAGUACUAAGGUGACUUUCUGAAACUCCCCUUGUGUUCCUUCUGUGAAGAAGCCCUGUUCUCGUUGCCCUAAUUCAUCUUUUAAUCAUGAGCCUGUUUAUUGCCAUUAUAGCGCCUGUAUAAGUAGAUCUGCUUCUGUUCAUCUCUUUGUCCUGAAUGGCUUUGUCUUGAAAAAAAAAUAGAUGUUUUAACUUAUUUAUAUGAAGCAAGCUGUGUUACUUGAAGUAACUAAAACAAAAAAAAAAAAAAAAAAAAAAAAAAAAAAAAAACUACACACACAAAAAAGCCCCCCCCCCGACCUCGUUUAGUGCCAAUGUUGUGUGUUGCACUUGAGUUCUUUAAUGUGCAUGUACG